CGGAGCUCUGCGCAGUUCUAAAGUAAUUUGAAGCCCAUGAUCGCCUUUCAUUAGCAGGUGAUGGCUUGUGGGGUCUGAUGUGACUCGCUUGAAUGGGGUUCCAGAAGGACAGCUGUUUGCGGCUCUUCAUUCUUUUGCUGGCCGCGAGUUCUGCUGCUUCGUUGGCUAUUGUAGAAGGUGGUGCUAACAAGCUUCAGCAGCUAGCGGGGUCGGCAGGGAGUAGGCUUGGGGCUUCUCGGAAAGUCCUGCAAGCUGCUGGGUCUGGUCCUUGCCCAAUUGAGUUUUCCCAGCAAGACUUGGCAGAUGCAGCGGGGGCUUGCACCUCAAUCUUUGCACAGGGGACAGCUCCUCAGGGGUCCUGCUGCAGCAAAACGGCGGGGAUCCUCGGUCUAGCACAGGCCCGGUAUGCAAACAAGACGGGAAACCUUUUGGUGUCAAGUGAAGUUGCAGAUGUAUGCUUCCAGACUUUGGUUGUCGCGCUCAAGGGUGUGACCGUAAGCAAUGCAGAAAUGCUCUUGGCGACUUGCAACAUCACGACGUCUCGGAUCUCGGCUCCCGCCUGCGGCACCAGUCUUGUCACUCUGAGGGACUUCUAUUUUGCAGCCAACCGGAGUUUCCCAGAUAGAGGGGUGAUUAAUAGCUGCUUCCGGAGCACCAAUUGCAGUGCAUGUGCCAACGCCAAGACCGAGCGGUUUCUCUCUCUGACCACCAGCAAUCCAGAGGAUGAUGGCCUGCUCGCCACGGCCCCCUGCCAAGAACUGGCCACAGUGGCCAUGGUUGCAAGUUCCGUCCCAAGCAUUGUCGGGAACGGCAUUGCCAGGUGUUCCUGGGGUGCAGACUACGCCCCACUGGUUCAGAAGUCGACCUGCACGGCCACUCCGUGGCAGAUCCUGGACUUCUCUGCAGUCCGCCGGAGCUGUGGGCCUGAGGCGUAUCAUUAUGAGCGGUGCUGCCACGUCAUGAUCGGCAUGCUUGCUCAGAUACUCACCUACCGAGAGGAGAGCAAAGCGGGUCCCCUGCCACAGGAUCAACUAGACGCGUGCCAGCAGUCUUUCAGGGACCAGCUUUCCCAGCAAGGCGUCGACCCCUCCAUUCUGGACACUUGUCAACUGUCUGGCUCCUACUUCCUUACACCCCAGGCUUGCAACGAGUACACCUUUUACAACGGCGCGACGUUCCCCAGCUCUUACCUUACAGAGCUGGAGGCUGAGUGCAGCCCAGGGACUUGCAACGCCAAUUGCACCACCGACCUCAUUGCCAUGGGCUCCGAGCUCGCAUCUCCCGAUGCCAUCUUCGCGUGCAUCGUGUACAUCAACAUAAAGUACAUGGCAGAGCAGGCCAACCUCGUGGAGGCCACGGAUCGGCUGACCUGUUACAUCGUGUUGCCAGACCCCCUUCGAUUAGGAGUCAACGAAACUGCCCUUGCUGAGUUGAAUGCUACCGCCCUGGGCUCGCUGUCUAGGUCUGGCAGGCCAGUAGGCACAAAGCUUAUUGUGGCCUUAGCAGUAGGCGGAGCUGUAGUGGUCACCGUGUUGGUUGUAGUGUCGGCGUGGCUGGGACUGUGCCGGAAAAAGAAAGUCCUGGGAUGGUCAUUCUACGAGCAAAAGUCGCUGUCAAGGAGUUUGUCGCUUGGGGGCUCCGAGAACUACUCAAACUCCCAGAUCAUCGUGUAUAGCUACAACGAGCUUAAGCGGGCGACUCAAUACUUUUCUCCAAAGCGGCUGCUAGGGAGAGGGGGCUCCGGGUAUGUCUAUCUUGGGGAUCUGCCGCGCUCCGGUGGGAUGGUCGCGGUGAAGAAGAUCGUGGUGGGAAGGACGAAGGCGGGUUCGAGGGAGUUCGGGAACGAAGUGGAGUCGAUGUCUCGGUGCAGACACAAGCACCUGGUGCAGCUCCUUGGUGUUUGCGUCUCGGACAACCACUUUGUGCUCGUGUACGAGUACAUGGUGAAUGGCAGCCUGGAGGACCACUUGUAUGUUCCGCUGGCAGAUGCGGAGAAGGUGGAAGGGAGGGGAAACCCGGUCUUUUUGACCUGGCAGAUGCGGCUGAAGAUCGCUGUGGGCACGGCAAAAGGGCUGACGUAUCUCCACGAGGACUGCAGCCCGAAGAUCAUCCAUCGAGACGUGAAGCCGAGCAACAUCUUGUUGGACAAGCAGUUUGACGCCAAAGUGUGCGACUUUGGCCUGGCCAAAUUCUCCGACGACGGGGCAACCCACAUCAGCACAGGCAUUGCGGGCACUUGGGGAUAUCUGGCCCCCGAGUACGUUGCAACGAGCCAGCUGACAGAGAAGAGUGACGUGUAUAGCUACGGGGUCGUGUUGCUGACUUUGAUCUCUGGUCGGAGGCCUACGGAGGCUGGUCUCCCAGAGGAUGAGGUCUUUCUCCCCGAGUACGCUUGGAUCGUCGCUGAGCAGGGCAGGCUCCGCUGUCUGGUCGAUCCACGACUGGCGGCUGACCCGGACUUUGAGAAGCACUGGGAGAGUAUGGAGCGAGUGCUGAGGAUAGCUUUGUUCUGUGUGCACACGGUGGUGACGACACGGCCGACGAUGCGACAAUGCAUCGCGAUGCUCCAGGGCGACAUGGAGGUACCAACUCUACCGUCUCGACCGAUGACCCUCUACACAAUAGGCCUUGUGGCAACGGGGCACAGCCAGACGUCCAUGCGGUUCCGAGGAACCGCCAGCUUUUUCAAAAUGGACCCCGUACAGGAGUUUCCGGUGGUUGAAGGGAACGAAGAUGGUCUCAAAACACCGCAACAAAGCGACAUCAUGGAGGCUGGUAUUUCUUGGAGCACCGAGUAGCAGCUAGCGAGUUGUGUUAUCUUAAGCUUGUUGAUUGCAUGCGCAACUAAUAUAUUCGGGUCACAUCGAAAUGAUGGUAGAGUAGUGCCAGGUUAGCUAUAGUGUAGAGGUCGAAUCGCUUUUGUCUUGCAACCCCAACUAACCCAGAUGUCUAGCCAG